GGACGAUAUAUAGACGUCAGUAAUAAGAAAACAAAUGUACUAAUGUACCUGAUGGUCUCAAGACGGAGUUAUUUUAUAGGUCAAGUAAAAUAUGAAUGGACCUGUUUAUUAAUGUGAAUCGAUCGGUUUUUCGUGAAAUUAUGCCAAAUCGCUUAAAUCUGGCCGAGGAGAAUGUUUAUGUCGAACCUUGUCGUAAAUCUGUAGGAAGUGAAAUCUCCAGUUUGGCCACUUCCAGCCUUUAGUUUAUAUUUUCAAUAAUGUAAUUGCUUUUUAUCCUGCCAAUAAAUUUUUUAUUUAAUGGCGGACAAACUAGGGUUAGGGCCAGAACCGAGGGAAUUGAAAAUCGGCGACAGUUUCUCCAGUAAUAAAAUUGCAUUCCACACACUGAGAUAUGACUUCAAACCCGCCAGCGUCGUAUCUGCCAGCAAGCAUGCCUCGAUCGAAGUGGGUGCCAACCACCAGAUCACAGUCACACACUUGGAGUCUGCAGGCGCUCCGCAGACCGUCUUCAAAGGCUCGCAGAAACCGUACCACAAAGAAUGCGUCCUCAUUAUCGACAGGUCCACGGGGGAAAUCACACUGGAAAAACUUGCGACGAACAUACAACUGAAGAAGACUCGGCAAGAGUCGCAUAAACCGUCUGGUUAUGGUCGACCUCCGACUCCGGUCGAAAAGAAGCCUUCUCCCCCGGGCUCCAGACAGAAGGCAGGGAGCGGGAAGAAUGUCGGGGGCGUCGCCCGGCAUUCUCCCUUACAUGUGUCUCCGUCUUACCCUAUGAGAAGCCCAGCACCGCAUCCGGCCAGUUUUCACAAGUCUCCGCCUCAGGUCCACAUCACCGCUUCCAGUCCCACUCCGGCUGGGAGUCUUCCGAUCCUAGAUGAAUUGAACGACAAUUCAUCUAAUAGCUUCGAUAUAUCCGCUGCGCUGAAUCUCCCUGAGAUCAAAACCUCGCCCGACUUCUCAGGGAUCAACUUAAACGAUGAUGACGGCACCCCUGAAGUAGGGAUACUUUCAGACUCAUCAUCGAGUUCGAGCAGUGAUAGCAAUUCAUCAGAUAGUGAUAGUGAACCUGAGCCAGCUCCAAAAGUGAUAAAUGGCCAUGUGAAUGGUAAAAGUUCACCAUCGUUGGCAUCUAUGCCCGAACACUUACUGAAUGAAGACCUCCAGCUCUCAGAGUCGGGGUCAGAUUCGGACUGAAAUCCUCUCUUAUCUUUUUUCUCCAACUCUCUUUAAUCUAUCUAUAAAUAUUAUAAAUAAUUAUAAAUACUCUUUCGUGUACAUAACAAAAAGUGAAGAAAUUGGCAGGGCCUUUAUUCCAGGAAACGCCUAGAAUGUUGCAAUUCUAAACUAGGAAACAAUUUUGUUAUUUUUUAAUUUAAUCUCCUCUGUGUUGUUAUAAAUUAAUUUGUAUUUUGUUAAAUAUUAAUUGUUCAAUGUCUGCUACCGCAUGGAAAUGCUCAAUGAAAAAAAAAAAAAUCACGACUUAUUUUUUAUUGGUAGUAGGUGGUGCAUUAUGAUUAAGUUUAAACGAAAACAAACCAAUUCCUUCCCUAUUUUAAAAUCGAAUUAACUGUCUUAGCUUCCAACGCGAUGAGUCGAACUUGUAAACCGACCAAUUUAUAAGGAUAAAAAAAGCCAACACGUACCAUCACAAGUCGCCGUCGCUGAGUUUCUUGCCGAUUGAUAAAGAAAAAGUAAAAUAUUUUGUAUUGUAAAAUGAAAUCGGAGUCCAUUUUCAAGUGCCCUUUGUAUAGAAUAUUUUAACCCCUGUUAUUGGAAAGUGAAUCGUAUGUGUAAGGUUUGUUGUGUAUGCUAUUCAGUCGAAGAAAAUAAAAAAUA